UCACAUGUUUCCCCACCCUAUGAAGCCUUUUAUCUGUCCUCAUGAAAUCAUUCACCUAUAUGGCCUCUAUCAUAUCACACUCAAAAGAACAAGAAAACACACACACAUUGCAUAUAAGACUUUGAUCAUUCCACAAGUAUUGUUGAGUGAGCAUAGGCAAUUAGGAAACCUGAUCUGAUGGCCAACAAGGACAGAAUGAAGGACAUUAUUAAGUUGAGAAAAGGGUGUGGUUCACCUGAUGAAGAAAAGCUGAUAAGGUACAUGCUCACAAACGGACAAGGGUGUUGGAGUGACAUUGCAAGGAACGCAGGUCUCCAACGAUGUGGCAAAAGUUGUCGUCUUCGUUGGAUUAAUUACUUGAGACCUGACCUCAAACGUGGUGCAUUCUCAUCCCAGGAACAACUCCUCAUCUUUCAUUUGCAUUCCAUUUUUGGUAACAGGUGGUCUCAGAUUGCAGCACGUCUCCUGGUCGAAGACAAUGAAAUAAAGAAUUUCUGGAACUCUACAUUGAAGAAAAGGAUGAAAACUAACACUUCAGUGAACAACAGCACUGACUCAUCAGAGUCUAAAGAUGUUCUGAGUGGGAUCAUGCCCUUUAAUGACCAUGACAUCAUGAACAUGAGCAUGAGCAUGGAUUCCUCUUCAUCCAUAUCAUCCAUGCAAGCAAUGGUUUUGGCUGACCAAUUUGACCCUUUUUCCUUGUUGGUAAACAAUCACUGUGAUAUGACUAAUGUUUCAGAAAUUUUUACCUGCAUGGAAGAUGGACACCAAGUGAAUCAUGGGACAUUGGAAGCAAAUAACAAAAUGGGGUUAGGAAGAGACUUCUCCCUUCCUUCGUUAGAAAGUAGAAGCAUUGAAAGUGACAUUGUUCCAAUUGAUGUGAAAAGCCAUAACAACCACUUCAAUUAUGGUUCCUUCAAUAACACUGAUAACAUUCAAGGCUCCAAAGCUAGAGGACUUAAUGGGGUUGCAAAUCAUGGCCAAGGGGAAACUUAUUUGGAGAACUUGAUCAAGACAUAACCUCUUUUCCUUUCCUUGAUUUUUAAGUUGAUUAAGUUUCCUCUUUUUUUUUUUUUCAUUCCAUCACUUCUUCGCUACGAACACGAACACAGACACAAAUANACGAACACAGACACAGACACGAACACAGACACAGACACAAAUACAGAGAUACGACUAAAUUGUAAAAAUUGUAAAAGUAUUGGAGAAUGCAUUGUAGCUAUACACAGAAGACAACGAAAAGCUCAUCUUAGGAAACUUUAGGCAUCCAUAAUUUUUCCCUGUUGAAUCAUUUCAUAUACUUUUGUCUCUUGCAUUUUGUUUAUUCCAAAUGUUAAUUUCUGUUUAUCCAUUUGCAAAUAAUACACAGUCCAAAUAUGAAUCCAAGGUUCUUAGACAUAGUUGUGUAAUGAAAA